AUGGGAUUGAGGGAAAAUAUAUUGGGGUUUGUUUUGAUAGUGGCGUUGUUGAAAGUAACAGAAGGGAUCAGAUUUGUGAUAGAUAGAGAUGAGUGUUUCUCGCAUGAGGUUAAGUACGAGGGUGACACUGUUCAUGUUUCUUUCGUUGUUAUUAAGGCUGAUUCUCCUUGGCAUUAUGGUGAUGAAGGCGUUGAUCUUGUGGUAAAGGGACCUGUUGGCGAUCAAAUUCAAGAUUUCCGCGACAAGACCAGUGAAAAGUUUGAGUUUGUGGCUCACAAAUCAGGGGUGCAUAAGUUCUGUUUCACUAACAAAUCUCCUUAUCACGAGACCAUUGAUUUUGAUGUGCAUGUCGGUCACUUCUCUUACUUUGAGCAACACGCAAAAGACGAGCAUUUCAACCCUUUGUUAGAGCAAAUAGCGAAGUUGGAAGAAGCUCUUUACAAUAUUCAGUUUGAACAACAUUGGCUAGAAGCUCAGACCGAUCGCCAAGCAAUAGUGAAUGAUGGGAUGAGCCGAAGAGCAGUUCACAAGGCAAUCUUUGAAUCAGCAGCACUGAUUGGAGCUAGUGCUCUGCAAGUCUAUCUUCUUCGACGUUUAUUUGAGCGAAAGUUGGGAAACUCUAGAGUUUAG